AUGCCCUUUUCCCCUCCGUUUCCUCCUCAUGAUCCCACUGAUAAAAACGGAUAUGAGACCGUCAUCAAACGCUGGCCGAUCAUCCUGACAGGCGUCGUCGACACGGUGCACAACGCGUGCCAUCGGCUAACGGUGCAAUUAUCAGAGAUCGGCGACGAGGAUGCGGAGAAGAAGAAGGUUUUGCAAGAGAAAACGACGGAAGGGACUGCGAUUAUCGAAAAGUUGAGCAAGUUGAAGUAUGAGAUGGCGAGGGACAGGGUGUUAGUAGAAAUUCCGCAGGAUGGAGAGGCUAGUGCUGAUCUCUACAAUACGGAAUUGGAGGCGUUGAAGCAGGACAAUCGGAAUACGUGGUUCACGGCGCCUUGGUUGUUUGCAGAGUAUCGCCUUCUUCGAUCUUUCUUCGUACAGACGCAGCAUUGGAAGACGUAUGAUCCAUUUGAGGAUCAGAAGUUGAAGACUUUCAAACAUUCAGGAAAGGCCAUUUUCCAAAUCGCUAAGACGAUUCACGAGCUGGGAAGUGAUGUCGAGGGCGUAAAGUCGGACCCCGAGAAGCUAAAAAUCUUGUUCAAUGAAAUGAUACAAAUGUGUCUUUGGGGAAAUGCAACGGACUUGUCUCUUCUCACCCAGAUGACGGAAGCGGAUAUCCAGAAUUUGCAAACUGUUGGAAAGGAUGCACGCAUUGCCAGGCAACAAUUCAUUCUAAAGGAUGAUGAAGAAGCUGUUUGGAGCUACAUCGAGACUUUGAAGGAUGCCCAGGUCGAUUUCGUAUUGGAUAACUCUGGAUUCGAGCUGUUUACAGAUUUAGUCUUUGCGGAUUUCCUCGUCAGCUAUACUCCUUACGUCUCCAAAGUGGUAUUCCACCCCAAAUUGAUCCCUUGGUUUGUAUCCGAUGUCACUCCCCCAGAUUUCAAAGCCACCCUGUCUAUCCUUUCCGACGUAACCUUCUUCCCAGAGGAAGUCGUUAACUCCCCUGACGUUAACACAGACUAUCUGAAAGAGAUGGUGGGAAGAUGGAAGAAGUACGUUGAUGAAGGUGUGUUUGCUCUUUCUGUGCCCCUUGACACGCCGUUGGGUGGAGAUGCGGGCAGUGAGGUUGGCGAGUUUUGGACGACCCCCCGGCCUUAUUGGGAUAUGAAGACCGAGGCUCCUGUCACAUUUUCGCAGCUGGCAGAAAGUGGGCUUGUGAUUUUCAAGGGCGAUUUGAAUUAUAGAAAACUCACCGGUGAUAUCAAAUGGCCUGCGUGGACCCCUUUUGAAGAAGCCAUAGGACCUUUGGCUGGCUCAUUCCCAAUUCUAAGUUUGAGGACAAACAAGGCCGAUGUUGUCGUCGGUGUUGAGCGGGAAGUAGCCGACAGAUUAGACGCUAGAGGAGAGAAGUGGCGCGUAGAUGGGCGCUACGCCUUGGUGUCGUUUCUGCCCAAGGCAUAG